AUGAGUCGGCUCUUUUUGUACUUGCUGGUGAUAGCCACACUAUGUAUAUCAUUGGCAUUUGCUAAAAAGCCCAAGAAUGCUGAAAGCGUCUUAUCAGAAGAGAACAUUGCAGCCACUGAAGAAGAAAAAAUUGCAAACAACGCACUCAAGAUAGGAGCAUUACGUGUUGGUGCAGACAAUGUACUUUUGCCUGAUGCUUCAGCAGAGCAUCCCUUGAUCAUCUCUAAUCCAGAAGAUCAACCCUUAUGUAAACCAGACGUCGAAAUCAAACCCUCUCGUUCUAUCAAGGUUAUGGAAGGCUAUGAAGUGCUUGUAUUGACAAAUGCCAUCACCAAUCCUCGCAAGAUGAUGAUUGAUCCAGCUAACCAUGUGCUUGUUGUGUCUCCUGAAAACGGUGUCUAUUCCAUCCGUAUGGACAAGUGUGGCAACUCCAACGUGCAGUUAAUUGUCAGUAACGCUCAAAUGGAUCAACCCGCAGCUCAGGGUAUUGCUCUUUUUGACCACCACUUGUUUGUCUCUACCGCCAAUUCCGUGUAUAAAUUCCCAUACAGUGAUGGCCAGCAUUCUCCAACCGGGAACGGUGUUAAGAUCUUAACCAACAUCAAUCCUGAUAACGACGACGCCAUGCCUGAUGUGGUUAUCGACCCCUUUGGUUAUGCCUUUGUGCCUCGCUCCGUCGCUGAUAUCAACGAUAACGUGGAUCCCUCACAAGCCAUUAUCAAAAAAUUCAACUUUAAACUUAUUCCCGAGAGCGGUUUUGAUUACAAUACGCAUGGCGAGGUGCAGGCUUACGGUACAAAUACGCAUGGUUCCAUGGGUUUCGAUGCUCAAGCCCGUCUUUGGGGCAUCAACAGUGCUCCCCACUCUGAGAUCAGACGUUCUGAUAUCAGUGCUGAUCAUGAUCUUGCCGCCACUGGACUCGCUGAAGAACUCAACCUGUAUGAAAAUCCUGGAGCCAACUAUGGCUUUCCUUACUGUAUGACAGAGUUUGAUCUCAAGGAUGUUUCCGCUUCUUCCAAAGGAUUGGGUGCUCAAUGGGCUCAUCCUGCCUUUAUGAACGACUCUGUUUCUUUGGAUGACUACUGUCAAGUCGAGUCCUACAAUAUCCGUCCGUCUGUGCCCCUUACACCUAACUCCAUUGCUACCUCCGUUCACUUUUACAUGGGCGAGUUCUGCUCUGUGGGUGAUUUGACCACUCAAGGCUCUUCUGUCGGUCUUCCAUGUAAUUGGACUGAUACUCCAAUCUUGGCCAAUCAUGGUACUACUGGGAACUCUGCUGGACACAAUGUGGUGCGUCUUCAUUUUGAUGAUCUUGGACAUAAGCCUCGCUGGGAUAAAGAACCUGAGGUGAUCUUGGAAGAAGCUGAACCUUGUGAUGAGGAGGACUGUAUCUCUCCCUUUGGCUUGACUGUUGACAAGUACGGUCGCUUGUUUGUCAGUAGUGAUUCUACCAAUGAAGUCUUUAUGGUUUCUCGCAUCUACAACCAAGAUGCAGUGAAGAUGCUGACUGAUAGAGCCAAUGCUGAAGAUGACAAGGAUGAUGACGAUGAUAAGGAUGAUAAGGAUGACAAAGAUGACAAGGAUGAUGAUGAUGACAAAGACGACAAAGACGACAAAGAUGACAAAGAUGACAAAGAUGACAAAGAUGACAAAGAUGACAAAGACGAUAAAGACGACAAAGACGACAAAGACGACAAAGACGACAAAGACGAUAAAGACGACAAAGACGACAAAGACGACAAAGACGACAAAGAUGAUGAUGAGGAUGAGGAUUAA